AUGAUUAAAAGAUUCAAUCAACCGCCUAGCUUACGUGGACUCAGAAAUGAAGGUGAUCCAUCUAGAAGUAGCCUCUCUGUGUUCUGGAAUGAAAAGAAUUUGCGUGGAAUCCAUGAUAGCUGGUUUGAUACUCAUGCACACAUGAUCUCUUCUGUUCAUCUUCAGGAAAAUAAAAUAUCUGAGUUGCCGCCUUCUUUUUUUGACUUGCUACAGAACUGUCAUGAUAUCAAUUUAUCUUUGAACCAACUAAGCUUUUUGCCAGAAAGAGGACUAUCAAGCUGCAGGUUGCAAAGACUAAUUGCUUCAAAAAAUCAGUUCCAAUCUGUGCCAUUUGCCCUGUUCAAAAAUAGAAGUGUACAAGUAGUUGAUUUAUCUGGAAAUAAAUUAAAGCAUCUCCCCCCACAUGGAUCAUUAGAUUCUUUUAUAUUCAAUGAGAUAUGGGAAUGUGAUAAGCUUAAAAGCUUGAAGUUGGUUGAGAACAUGCUUAUUCAGAUCCCAAAAGGAAUUCAUGGAGCAACCAGCCUUGAGAGGUUGAAUGUUUCUCGCAAUAAGCUCACAUUCUUUGUCACACCAUGGAAUUGCCCGUUGAAUGAGCUGGAUUUAUCAGGCAAUGAGCUUGUGGCUUUUGAAGAAAGUGUUCAUCUUUAUUGGGCUAAAACUUUAACAAGACUUAAUCUUGCUGGCAACAAGCUUGCUGAAAUCUCACAGAGUGUUUGUAAGCUGGAAAACCUUGUCAUGUUGGACUUAAGUCACAAUUUGCUGGAACGUCUUCCUCCAUAUGAAUACUGGUCACUGAAAUGCCUAAACAAAUUGAAUCUUUCCCACAACUUGUUGUCGGCAAACUCUGGACCAACAGGAUUUACAGAUGUUGAAAAAACAUCGAUUGAGGCAGCUAUUGUACUGGGAGAUAGCCUUUGUUUUGCAUCAGACUGUGAGUUUCCAUACGAGAUGUUGAAAAAUACUCUGCAUGCGCUGGAUCUCAGCGACAACCGUCUUGAAACUGUACCAGAUACUGUCUGCAUGUUGACAUCCCUUGGCGAAUUGAAUCUAAGCAACAACCCACGUUUAACAAGACUUCCACCUGAGCUUGGCAAUCUGCGCAAUAUUUGGAAUCUCAAGCUUGACAAUUUAUCACUGCCAGAUGUUCCGCAAAAUUUGCGAGUUUCUGGUGGUGUGAAGAAAAUUCUUGCAAUGCUAAGGGCGAGACUGAGAAAGUCUGUGCCAUUUAAGCGAAUGAAACUUAUGGUUGUUGGACUUCAGGGUCGUGGAAAAACUACAUUGCUGGCAACACUUCAAAACAAACCAGCACCUUUAGAAAAUGUUGCUACUGAUGGCAUCAAUGUUGAGCAGUGGCACUUUCAACCAAGCAGCAAUCAGUGGAAAAUCACCAAGUUUUUCUCUUCGCAAAACACCGAAGGAAAAGAGAUUCUGUUCAGCACAUGGGACCUUGCUGGGCAACACGUCUAUUACGCAACUCAUCAGUGUUUCCUGACAAGCAACACCCUGUACCUCGUCGUAUGGAAUUUAGAGCACGGAGAGGAAGGCAUCGAUGGACUAGCACCAUGGCUUCUAAAUAUACAGGCAAGAGCCCCGAAAUCACAAGUUAUAGCUGUUGGAACACAUCUUGACCGACUUCCAUCUGCAAAGAAGAGUGAUCACUUGAAGAAGUUGGAACACAAAUUAUUCUCAAAAUUUAAUCAAAAAGGUUUUCCUACAAUUUGUGGAAAUGUUUUCGUUUCAAAUUUGACUGGUGAAGGAUUAUCAAAAUUGAGAGAGGUUGUUCACAAGGUCGCUUUGAAAAUGCAGGACUGUCACACUCAUGAACCUAUAAUCGGCAAAAUGGUCCCAUUGAGCUACUUGCAGUUAUAUGAUGCAGUCACCAAAGAGGCUGAACUGAGAGCUGCUUCCAACAAGCCACCAAUAUUAACGGCAGAAGAACUUCUUCAAAUCGCAAAAGACAACCCUGACAACGACAUUUAUGACACCGAAGAACUAAACCAUGCUGCAAAGUUCUUACAUGAACAUGGUGUUCUUCUCCACUACAAUGAUUAUCUUCGUGGGCUGAACAAUCUUUACUUCAUCGAUCCAAAGUGGCUUUGUGAUAUGAUUGCACUGGUUGUGACAGUUAGACAAAAGAACCCUUUCGUAAAAGGGGGCUACAUUCUAGAUUCGGACAUCAAGUCUGUGUUGAAGUGUCCCCGACUGCCGGCUGAUUUCAUACCGCAGUAUUUGCAAAUACUGGAAAGAUUCGAAAUAGCCCUGAGGCUGGAUGAGGAACGCAUUCUUGUCCCUUCAAUGCUGCCAAAAGAAAGGCCCAUACUGCAUAUUGAACGGGCAACUGACUUUGGGACUAAUAAGAAAAGCAAUCGAUUGACUCAACUAGCAACUUUGUCGAGAGGAAGGGCAAACAGCCAGCAGCCGUUCUUAGUGGACCACAUUCUAAGGAACUACCACCUGAUGUAUGUACCGGCUGGAUUUUGGAGUAGGCUCAUUGCCCGUCUGAUAAUUGCUGUUCACAAGUGGGGAAUGAUUGUCACUGGCCAGGAAAGUGAAGAAGUUAAUGAAGUAACACCUAACAAGCAAGGUACCAGGAUCGGAAUGAAAACCAACAAUUACUCAAUGGUGUAUUGGCGUGAAGGCAUCCUGGUAUCUUACCAAAGUGGCAAGUUUUUAGUCGAGUCUUUCAAAGAUAAUUCCGACGAACAGCAGUUCUUGAUUGGAGAUGAAUAUCAGUAUGGGAGUGAAGGUGUUUCGAUCACGGUUUGGUCUGACUACGGAGAUUUUUCGGUUAUGGGGUUCAUUGUCGACCAGGUUGAUAGGCUCAUCACAGAGUGGUAUCCAGGUCUUGAAGACUUAGAUGAAUACGGUAUAAUGGUAGUGCAGCGAAUGAUUCCAUGUCCAGCCUGCGUGAUGGACUUCCAUGAGAAAAAGCUGGCCGAAUACGAUAUGGAUAGCUAUGGCUCUUUGGACAUUUCAUCGUAUGUUCGAAAUCCCACGUUUGUCAACCAGUUUCCUUUAACAGUGUGUGCUAUAGCGGCAUUGAACCACGACCGGGUUUUUUGCCAGAUGCAUCCGGAGAGGCCGGUUCCUUUAACUCAUUUGGUUCCAGAUAUUUUGCUCUCUGAUCUUCCUUCCUCAAUGGUGCUUGACAAGGAAAAGCUCGACCUCGAGGAAAGCAAUUGGACUAAACUCGGAACCGGAGGAAUGGGUGCCGUUUUCAAAGCCAAUUAUGACGGAAAGCCAAUAGCAAUUAAAAGAUUCCACUCUUCAAAAUCAACAAGAGACAUUCAAGAUGUAAUGUCUACAAGAGAGGGUGACACAUCGCUAUUUGUGCCACAUGAGCAAAGUGUUAGCGACCAUUUGAUUGAUGGGAAGGUUGUUAGGUCUUUCUGGGAGCUUCGUCAAGAGGUUGCGAUGCUCUGUCGACUACAGCACCCUUGUAUUGUAAAAAUGAUUGGAGUUUGCAGAAUACCGCUGUGCUUUGGCUUAGAGUUGGCCCCAAAAGGUGGGCUUUACAGUAUUCUUGAAGAAAUCAACCACAAAAGAGAGCUUGUAAGGCAGUGGGAAUCAAAUUCCAUUUUGACAAUGGGCAGUAUCCUUGGACGAAAGCUAACAUAUAAGAUAGCCUUGCAGGUUGCUCAUGCUCUUCUGUACCUUCAUGAUUCGGAGAUCGUUUACCGUGAUUUGAAAUCUGACAAUAUUUUGGUAUGGUCACUUGACGAAGAUGCUGUAAUAAAUGUGAAAUUAUCUGACUACGGGAUAUCAUGCUUUGCAACGCCACAAGGUAUCGUUGGCGAAAGUGGUACUCCAGGUUUCCAAGCUCCUGAAAUAAAAAUAGGCUGUGCAUAUGACGAGAAGGUUGACAUAUUUUCAUUUGGCGUCUGGCUUUAUGAGCUUAUCAGUGGAUUUAGACCACUAAGGGAGCACAAAACAUGUGCUGAAAUUCGUAAAGCUGUCUAUAAUGGCAUUCGGCCAUCUUUGCAAAAAGUGAACAUUGCUAGUCAACUUCCCUUUAUGGAAAGGCUGAUGCAGGAUUGCUGGGUUGGUGAGCCAGAGGCUAGGCCAUCAGCCGUCGAGGUUGUGCGCAGAAUGGAGAGGCCAGAAUUCCUUUGCCUUUGCAACAGUUUCCCUGCCGUCGGCGAAAAGCCUCUUGAGAAUGUCACUUGUGUACUUUCACUUGAAGAAGAUUUUAUGGGUUUUAAUAUGGCAAAUGCUACAGGUGAGCAUUUCAACAAAUUGCUAAUUUGGAGUGCCGCGAACAAAGGGCGACGAUUCAUUAUCAUGAAUGCCAACACUGGUGCCGUGGAAAGUGACAUACCAUGUGUUGGUCAGAGGGUACUUUGUGCUGCCAGGGUGAACCAGCGAAUAUGGCUCGGGACAGAGGGACUGAAAAUUGAAGUUUUUGGAAUGCAUAUGUGGCAGUUUCCUCGCGUUUUGUGGUCGUUUGGGACAAAAGAUGCCGUUAUGGACAUUCUUGUGGCGCCAAAAGAAGGUGCGCCUCACGAAAGAGUUUUUGUGUCACUUGCUAAUGGGACACUCAUUGUGUUCCAAAAAAAUGGACCUGACAGGUACGAGGUCUCAGGGCCUUCUCAACCAACACAAGAUGGAGAAGAAAACGAUGACUUGAUUACAAGCGAAAAGAAUUCGUGGUUUGAAACGGUGAUAUAUUUAGCCAAUGAAGGGCGCCCGGCAAAGAAAUUAGCGUUAACGAAGGGUGGAAAAGAGCUAUGGGUGGCUUCAGGGAAUUCAGUGGCAAUAGUAGACGCACAAAACCUACAGCUCAUGGAGAAGGUUAAAGUUUUUGCCUUGCCUCGUCAUCUUGUCACUCAUAUGGUAACAGAUGGAGAAAGGGUUUGGACAGCCGAAAGAAACUCGACCAUUAUCUAUCAAUGGGAUGUUGAAACGAGGCAGAAGACAUACAUUUUUGACUGCGAUAUAACAUGUAAUGCAAAAGGAAUCAUUUUAGGACAGCUGGUAAAGAACGGUUCUUCUGAAAGGACUGCAGAGUCUCCAGCUACUGCACCUGCAGAUCCUGUAAAGUUAGAUAGCAGUGGACUAGAUAAAAUUGCUGAAAAUAACAGUGGACUGGAAGACAUUGCUGAAAGUGCUGAAGAUGUAGAGGCCAAAGAGACCAAACCUCCAAUUGAUUUGUUAGCAAUUAGUCCGUUGUUACUUAAGGCAACAAGAAGAGCUCAGCCAUCAUUCUUACUUUCACAGAAGAAGCGAAGAGUGACAAAAUCAUCAAGAAGACUUCAUUUCGAUGCUGAGCAUUUCAAUCUUCCCACCAGACCGCGCUCAGGGGCUUAUUCUGAUGCAUCAUUGCGGUUAGGGCCUAUCUUGCUUAUAGGCAAUACUUUAUUGGUCGGCCGCAGCGUUGGAGAUAUUCUUGUCAUCAACGUACGUAAACCAACUACACAAACAGUGACAUUACAUGAUAACUUGAACACGUUUGUAUUUGGGGAAGUGUUGUGUCAGUUAGAAGAUGAACAAGGAAAACAACCAGACAUUUUGAAAGAGGUAACUUGCUUGGAAAAAGUUGGCAAUAGCAGGGUCGUUGCAGCGAUGCGGAUAGAAUCAAAAAAGGACCGAAUGAGGGAACGGCUGAAUACCUUUGGAUCGGCGGGACAGAUAUUUGAUGCUUUCAAACUCUUGUCGUUUGAAGCCUGGGAUAUUUCUGAAUUCGAAAAUUUUGCAAGGAAUGUUUCUUCGCUACAUUCUAUGGAACAAUCUUUAUGAGAAUUAUCUUUCGCGAUUUUGUAAAAAGAUCUUAUAUUUUUAUGAUGUGUUCUUAAAAUGGAAAUAGCUAUUUGGACAUGAACCAAUUAAGAUGCCGGAAAUACUUUGCUUCACCUACAAUCACUGCCAAAAUCUUGGAACACCAAACACUUUGCGCUCUGCUUUUCUAUUUUUCGUUUGUUUUCCCAAAUACUACUAUUUCCGUACACCUUUCCCCCCAGAACAAUGUUGAAAGUAUAGAAAAAUAUCUUACCAGCCACAAGAAAAAGCGUGCUCCAUACCAUAAGUCCUCCAAUGAACGCCCCCUUCUUUUAAACGCCUCCCUCUAAUAAAGGCCCCCAUCAACCCAUUCAUUAUGGAGCCGGCAGAUUCGGAUAUUGAAGACGAGAAUGAUUUUGUAUCUGUUAUUUGAUUACAGUACUUGUUUUUAACAUAAUGAAAGAGUUUUUUUAAUUUUUGAAAUAAACCCUCCCUCUUAUAAACGCCUUUCCUAGUAAAUGCCCCCAUCAAAAGUAAGAAAAUUAAAUAAACGCUGCGGGCGUUCAUUGGAGGAUUUACGGUAACCCCUUUCUCUUUUCUAAAGUAAAUCAAAAUUUUUUCUGGGGAGAGAAAGGGUUGGCUGAAUUUGCCUUUGAAAAGUGACGUUAGUGUUCCAAGACUUUGGUGUAAAGACUAAAGAUUUCUACGCUUUGAUUUCUAAUUAUUUCUAAUUCUAUUUCUAAAGAUUUCUAAUUAUUACGCUUUGAUGCGUUUUACUUAUUUACUCAAAUGCCUUUCCUCCAAUUAACUCAGAAGAUAAAAACAAAUGUUUGUAUUUCCAAAUAUUUACUAAGGAUAAAAAGCUGGAAUAGCAAAUAUUUUUUCUAUUCAGGGGGGGGGGAGGCCAAUUGUGUAUGUUUAAAAGGGUCAUGGAAUUUGAGAUGAUGUUCAAUCUUGAUUUGUAAAAACUAUUCAUUUGCUAAAAAUUCCAUGACUUACCACUUAGUUUUUAUCUGUUGUCCAAAAAUCGUCAUUUAACUCGUUUGAUCGCAAAUAGAUUGUUUUGUUUAAUUUUAAAACUAAAAUUCCAUAAGUUUUAUAAAAUGGACGACUGCUGUGGAUGUAUGAUACUCAUCGUUAAAUUCGUUUGUUGCCAAUUAAUAAUUUUUAUCAAGAUUUUAUAGAAAGGGAUCUUUAUAGUAGAAUUUUUGAGCGUUUAAGCAAUUUUCUACUUUUUGUGCAUAGCAAAUUUUGACUAUCCCCUUCGAUCACUUUUUUGUUUCUUUCUGAAUGAAAUCAAAUGCUGACUGUGUUUUUAAUUGGAUUCAAAUUGGUCUCAUCCGUCAGACAAUGUAGCGCUG